CGCUUCUACAUUGAAGUAAUUUAUUUUGACAACAAAAAUUGCACCGUGACAAAAUUACUGUUGAUUUGAAAAGUAUUUUUUAGGAGAGAUAGCAACUGUCAUGUCAUUGCUUCUUUGUUUACUUAAGUAAUUGCGAACGUUUCUUGUUACAGAAGUACGCUUCGUGAACAACUUUCACGAUUGUUUGCUUUGCUGUACUGAGUGAAUUACCGGCGGAAAGCUGAAAGUUUUCCUCUUUGGAUUUCGUCAACAAUCAGCAAAAUGACUUCAGAUUACCAAACGGAAGUUAUAUGCGCAUUCAUGCUGGGAAAAUUGGAACUCUAGACGCCUCUGCCAUGUUAUAAGGCUAUAUGAUGCGGCGAUGGACUGGACUUAAGAGCUGUUUCUCUGUGGAAUGUGAGGGUGAUGGUGAAAUGGCUGUUUUAGAUUUGCAGCACUGCAAUUUAACUUCAGUGCCUACAGACAUCUUUAAAGCUGAGCCAAACUUGGAGGAGAUUUACCUAGAUGCUAAUCAAAUUCGGGAAUUACCGAGAGUAAGUUCUUUUUACCAAUCAAAAGUUUAUUUCUGUAACCGGUUGCUAUUACCUACACAAAUUUAGCUCUCACAACGUGCAUCUGUAAUUUUAAAGCUCUAAUAUUUUCAUUUUUUUCGCCUCAGGCGUUGUUUGGGUUGCAAGGUUUACAUAUUCUCGGGCUGAGUGACAACGAGUUAACAAUUCUGCCAUCAGCUGUUUCUAACUUAGUCAACUUAAGAGAAGUGGACAUCAGCAAGAAUGGUGAGUUAAGAGAUUGGUUUGUUUUGACUUUUCUUUCACAAAGCGAAAACUUUCAACAACCGCAAAGCAAACGCAUGAUUAUCAACCAGGUAUUUACAAUUCACCUUACUUUGUGCUUUACAAAACCUGAAGCUGAUUUAAUUCUUGUAGGUAUAAUCGAUUUGCCGGAAAGUGUGAAAAGCUGCAAAUGUUUGGAACAGUUCGAUGCUAGCGUAAACCCAAUUGGCAAGUAAGUAUGACGAUUUUAAAAUUAUACACAGCUCUUCUUUAUAGUGUCAAUGUUUAUUCUGUUUUCGUCCUUGUUUUCGUUUCAAUUUACCCUAUCAGACUGAACAUCUUAUGGAAACUGUUCUAACUCAACCGUUUGUCAGAUAGACGUAUCAGAUUCUCCCUAGAUAAGUUUUGAAAUGUGAUACUGUAGCCUUCCAUCGACAAUGUGUUUUUAAAAUAUGCAAGCUAAUCAACUUGUAACGUUUUGACAAAGAAAUCUGGACAUAAUCCAAUUAAUAAAGCAUCAAAAUGAUUUCUUUUCAAGACCACCACAAGUACAUUAAAAAUAUUUUUUUGUGCCUUGAUGCAAUCAAAUUUAAUUGCUAUCAGAUAUAAACCAAAUGCCUUUAAGCUAAUUAUUAGCUAUAGUUUAUCAAAGAGAAAUUGAGUGACCCGGCGAUAAUUUCAUUGAUAUGUGGAUGUACGUGUUUGGUAGAGAUGUGAAUAUGUAUGUUGUGGUUCAAUUUUAUCCUUGGUUUAAAUUUUAUUUUCCUUUGUUUUGGGUCAUCGUAAUGUAUGAUAAUGAGUUUGAAACCAAAGAAAAUAAAAUUUAAACCAAGGAUAGAAUUAAACCACAAUAUAUAUGUUGUAGUUAGUUUCUUAUCUCAGGUAAUUUUUGCAUUUCUUUUGUUUCAACUUCAUUAGCAUACAUUACCAUGUCCAAAAACAAAAGAAAAACAAAAAUUACCUGAGAUAAAAAAUUAACUACAACAUAUACUUUGAGAUUGGGGUGAAUUUGCAUAACAGAGAAGAUGGCUGCCUUUCUCGAUAUUGUCCCCAUGUGAUGUAUUCACAGGGAUCCCAACAGUCGCAAAUCGAUCAGAGAACAUCACCCUGGGCAGACUGUGUCAUAUAAAAUAUUAGGCCAUGUGAUAGUUCAAAUCAGUUGAAGUGGGGGAUUAGUCAGAGUAAAAUUUGAUUUUUUUUUCAAUUUGAUAAAUGGCAUACAAUAUUUUUUUGUUUUUAGAAUUCCAGAUAGCUUUACUCAGUUGUUGAAUUUGACCCACUUGUACUUGAAUGAUGCUUUUUUAGAUUGUUUACCAUCAAAUUUUGGAAGGUGAGAUUACUUUUUUGGCGAAUAUUUGUCUGCUUAGUAAACAACACUCUUGAAUGGUUUGUUCUGACAACGGUUACUUUCUUUAAGUAGUGAUAGUAAAUACUGGUAACUAAGAGUGCGUUUGAUUGAUAGUAUUCGGCAAUACAAGAUCUCCAAAGUUUUGUUACAAAUCUCUUCUUGGAUCUUUAAACUCUACAUAAAUGUUCGUUGAAAUAUUAUACUUAUAGCAGAUUUCUAGAUUGCCUGCCAAUACAGCUGUCUCCUCGCUUCUCGCCAGUAGGGACAUUUCAUGGGAGGAAUGUCUGAACCUCAACAUUAGAAAUUUCAUGCUGAUCAUGUAAAAUCUGUCCAGAAUGGAAUCUGGUCAGGAUCGAGCUCUGAUUCAUGGCUGACAUAGUCCACAGUAGCGAGGAGUGAGGAGAGACAACCGUAUUUAUUUUGCAAGAUUAUUUGUAGAUACAUGAAUUUGAUUUUUCCGCCCUCACUAUCAAUUAUCAUUUCUAUUGUUUUUUAUAUAAAAUUGUAAGUAUGACUUUAUGCACUUUUAAUUUUCCUGUCUCCAUUAUACACUACUUAAAUGAGUGUGCCAGUUAGUUACGCAUGGCAGUGACCAACUCAAAAGCCUAUAAGCUCUUUUGGUCACUGCGCACAUUUCACCUUUGAUGAUUUAUUUAAUUUGCUGUAAUGUUGUUUUAUUUUACUUUUGUAAUGUAUUGUAAUUUUGUUUUGUAGUAAACUCUUAAAAUAGUGCAAAUAAAUAAAAAAAUCUGAAUCUGAAAAUCUGUAUGGAUAUAUCCAUUGAAUGCCCUUCCAAGUGAUUUCUACAGUUUAUUUCAUUUAUUAUUAGUCCUCAAAAUACAGCAAUCAAACAUGCCCAAAGAAAAUGUUCACCAGUUAGCUCAUUUUAUCCAGCAUAGCAUACAUAUCAUCACUGUGAGUAUAUAAGAUCUCAUCUCUUUUUUGUUAGAUUAACAAAACUGAAAGUCCUUGAAGUGAGAGAUAAUCACUUAAGAAGUUUACCACAGUAAGUAAUAUGUUAAACUCAGUUAACUGCAUUAAAUUUAGUAGUGCCAUGCAAAACUAUACCUGCCAACUCUCACGCCUGCGGGUUGAAAACUGCAAUCUCACGCCAGCUCACGCUUGCGGGCCAAUUUCUCACGCCUGAUUGAAAAAUGUGAGUUGUUGCUGUCUUGCUUGACACAAUUUCCAAAAAUAUGUUAACUCAGACCCAUGUAAGGAACGAAAACCAUGAAAAAUUGACCAUGUCAGUCCAAAACUUUCCGAUUUUAGAACUAUAGCGCUGAUGUUAUCAACUAAUGUCGGUCCUUGUGGAUAAACGUUUUCUCGAUAACUUCGCCUUCAGCAGACUUCGGACGUUUUUGGAAGACUUUGGACUUCUUCGGGAAUCUUCGGAAAUGAUCGUGUCGUCUUCAAAAAUCCCAGCACUCCCAGGAUGAAAAUCUCUCGCUUAUAACUCAGAAAAAGUUGGCAGGUAUACAGAACUGAAGGGUGUUUUUCCAGUGAUGCGCCUCUCUGUAGUAGCAGGGUAAGCGUUUUCUCAAUAACUUCGCCUUCGGCAGACUUCGGAUGUUUUCGGAAGACUUCGGACUUCUUCGGGAAUCUUCGGAAAUGAUCGUGUCGUCUUCAAAAAUCCCAACACUCCCAGGAUGAAAAUCUCUCGCUUAUAACUCAGAAAAAGUUGGCAGGUAUACAGAACUGAAGGGUGUUUUUCCAGUGAUGCGCCUCUCUGUAGUAGCAGGGUAAGUGUAGAAAAGAAGAUUUGUGUAGAAAGGCGAGUGUCUGGAAAUUUACCACCCAUGGAGUCUGAUUUUUAUCAACAAAAUUAAUAAAGAAGCUUUGAUUGUGCUCUGUUCUGUUGUAAGCACUUACAGCAGAGCAAAAAGAGCACAACUGAGCACAAACGAAGUGUAGGGGGAAACACAUUAGACACAGUCAAGUGUUUCUAACCACUUGUUGAGUGCUCCAGCUCCUUCCGUAGUGCUUUACGACAGAGCAAAGCACAGUUGACAGAGGCUUCUUUAUUUAAUCCUUGAUGAAGAACCGGUUAAAUUCCCAACACAUUGUUUUUCAACGUUUAUAAAGCAAACAUUAUUUUUAAAGCGAAGCAGAGUGGCAUGUUUAUACUCUAAUGAAGGAAACUUUUCCAACCAAUAAGAGUGGGCAUUAUAUCUGAACUUUAUUAUAAUUCAUUGCAGUUCUUUUAACCCAAGCCUGACAUUCUGAUAUUCUGCUCCAAGUUGCUUGUGGUCACACACUCUAUCCCUUCUUUUGAAGGUUUCUUUAUACUUUGCUGAAUGAGGUUAAUUUUGAUUCUUUUUUAAAGGUCCCUUUCUCGUGUUACAAGCCUAGAAAGACUUGAUAUUGGAAAUAAUGAAUUUCUUGAACUAGUAAGUGGUAGUAUAAUAACAUGUACAUAAGAGUGGUUCUAUGCCAUCUGAGUGUGACCAGUAUCUACAGCCCCUCUUUGUAUCUUCCCAUCUUAAAAUCACAAAAUCUUGAUAAAUUGAAAAUAUCUUUCUUUAUGUCUUCCUACAUUACACAAUAAAUUUAUUUCACCAGACAGUAAAAAUCAAACCAUGACUAUUUUAUGUACUUUUAAUAUUGUUAACCUCUCAAAGGCACAUUGAAGGUGACUUUCAUUUACUUUGUUUUAGCCAACAGUAGUGGGGUAUUUGGUUAACCUUAAGGAACUCUGGAUGGAUAACAAUGGAGUUAGAGAACUUCCACCGGUAUGUUGAGGUUAUAGCAGAACCUUUUUUUUUAAUUUUAAAAUCUGUGACAAUGAUUUUUUUUAACUCAUUGUUGCAGGCAUAAGUUAAUAGUCAGAGGAGACUGGUUAUGAAAGCCAGCAAACGUCAAAGUUGAAAACAAUGCUGUAGUUUCAAUGUUGGAAGUUCUGUGACGGUGUACAGUCCUUUGUUUUUUGUUUACAAAUUGUGGCUGAAUAAAUUAAUGCGAUGUUUCUUUUGGUCAGUAAGUUAGGAAUGCUGUUGAAUGUUGUGCACGUUCAGGUCCAAAACGCCUAACAAAAGCAUAUAACAAAUGAAAUCCUAAAGAAUGCAUGGCAACAUGUGAACUGAAAGUUCUGCUAAAUUGAUGCUGAAGAAGUCAGGUCACAUCAGGAUAUUUCUGACACCAACUUUAAAGGUAUCAUAUUAACCAAUGCAGGCCAUUCACAUCUUAAUAUGCAGCAAUUCACAUCUUAACUAUAAGAUGUGUCAUUUAAGUAUGAUCAUAUCCAAAUUUGUCUCUCCCGCUUAUAGGGUUUACAGUUUGUAUAACACAUAAAAAAGCGGAAAUUUGAAAAUUGUUACCUAGGGAAAACACUCUUAACCUUGAGAAACGUUGGGUAGUUUCUUGAUGUGUUGUGGACAGGUACAACCACCAAAUGACCAGUACAAGAGAUUGAAACGACAAUGAAGAAAUACCCUGAUCCUGUAAAACAAAAGAGAACCAACAACAGUUUCCGCGAGGCCAAGACACACCCAAAAGUUUUGACCCCCUUAUCACAUAUCCUUAGAUCUGCCCCUGACUCUAAUGGUUUCUUUCUUCUGUUUUCAUUCUGUUUUUGUCCAGGAAAUAGGACUUUUGAGACAGCUUUUAUACCUCGAUGUGUCUCAAAAUCGACUGGAGCGGCUUCCUCCUGAAGUAGAAUGCCUUCAGUCUCUUACAGACCUGUACUUGUCCAACAAUCUGUUGCUUGAACUACCGGACAACAUUGGUGUGUGUAAUUUGCUGCUAAAAGGGUUAAAUAUGUUAACAUUUAGAGAUUUUUCAUUCUGCAAAGUAGCAAAAGGAGGCUACUAUCGGUGACAAAGUCAGGGCUGUCAAUAAGGGCCAGUAGCCGGGCCAAAACUGCCGGCUAGUUGGCCAUCCUUAGCGGGCUAGUUUCAUCUCCUUCUACUAUAAAAAUAAGCACAAUCAAAUAAAAUUGUAAAGCAUCCAUUUCCCAGUUUUGAAUGACCUUGAAUGAAUAUUUAAACAGGUUUAGAUCUGUUAAACAUUCGAUGUCUUGGAAUGUCUUGGACAUUUCGACAGCAUUGUUCCCAGUCUUCCGUGUAUUCUGGCAAAACAACAUGGCGUCUGUGGUGGAAAAUACCUCUUGAAAACCCCUGGAAACGCCAUUUCCGAGACUCUAAAUUUCAAAAUGUCCCUAGAUGCCUCGGUCCUCAAGAACUUGUGCCUUUGGUGCGAGUUCCAAAGCCACCUACUAUUCAUUAUCAGCCUGCUACUUAAAAACUUUUUGACAGCCCUGCAAAAUUAGUUGAGACAGUUUGCCCUAAAGGGCCUUUCUGAUGUUUUACCAACUUCAAAAGUCCCCCUUCCAUGCAAUGUUGUGCUGCCAUUUGAGCUAUAACCUGAAGAAAACAAACAACAGUCCCCAACUUUGAAUGGAGGGGUGAUCUCUCAAGUUACCCCAUUUGAGUACAGUGUCUUGAGCAACAGUAUUGUCACCAAUUGUAGUCUUAGUUUUAAGAUUUUUCCUGUUUCUUUCCUUUUAACUUUUUAUCGGUUGACAAGCUUGUCAAAAAAGUGAUCACUGAAGGAGGGAGCCUAGCUGAGUCUGGCCGAAAAAUUAGAGUCCUAAAUGUACAAUCUGCUCCCAGAAUUUCUAGUUUUUAGAACAAAGCUCUAUACAAAAUCCCAAAUUAACUCUUAACCACAAUGUUUUGUGUUUUGCAGGUGCAUUAGGAAACUUACAGACACUUAAAGUAGAUGAAAACCAUCUUGUGGAACUUCCAGAUAGCAUAGGAAGGUACUAUUAAUAGUUUCUUUUCAUUCUAAAUUUGCUGGACGUUUUCCCAAACAUAUUUGCUUAAUAUGUGUAUUUAAUUCAUAGAUUGUCCAACCUUGAAGAGCUGGUUGUCAUUCACAAUGAACUUGAGGUAAAAAGUGAAGCAUUUUCUGCACUGUUGAAUCCUUUGGGCCUAAUGAAAGUCCAAAAUCAAAUCAAAAGCAAAGAAAAAUUCCAGUGAAAAAUAAAUAUUACCACAUUAAAAUUUUGCAAACUAAUUUGGUUAGGUUAUAGGUUGCACCUCUGUAUGAAAUUUGGUGUAAAUGAAAAAAUUCAGUUUGCAGACUAAUGUUGUUAAAAAUUCUAUUAUUGUUAUUGUUGCUCAUGUGCCUUGUUUGUUUUUUUAAGAUUGAUAAAUUCACAUAACUCAGAGAUCAUUCCAAUUUAAAAUACCUCUGAAUGUUGUGUGCAAUUGAAGGUUUUGAUCUUUUCAGAGUUUACCAGCAUCCAUUGGUUUUUUAAGAAAACUCCAGAUAUUGUAUGCUGAUGAGAACUUUCUGGAAGGUAUUCCGUUAGAGGUGUGUAUUAAAAUGAUGCCUUACUCUUAUUUACUGGAUGAAUGCCAUGUAAUGUUUGCAUUAGCCUGCCAACAGGCUCCCAAGUGAGGCCACACUUGGUUUGUUUCACUCACCAAUUUUCUUUUUUGCCCCACGCCAUUUAGGCACCUGUUUGCAAGCUACUUUUGCAUCAAAUUUUUAAAACGUUUUUUUUUUACGUAUCCUCUGGCCUGAUUGAGGCAUGCCUUUAGUGAAACAGUUGUACAAAGUCAUGGCAAAGUUAUCCAGGUCUUCCUCAUUUUUAAAUAACGUUAACAUACCCCAGGCAUUUGCUGAACGCUACCUCAUCAUUAUCUAUUUCGCAUGCGCCCUGUCAAGGGAAAGCAAGAUUUGGUCCGGCCCCAGUUGUAGGGUAGUUAAAGCUAUCCACUGAAUAAAUCACUUUCUAGGAGAAAAAGCAAUAUUGCAUUUCCUUAUACGUAUCCACUUAUCCAGUGUAUAGUGAUCAGGUGGAGAGCACUGUCCUUCUAAUGUUUGAACAUUCACAGUUGGUUUACCAACUGUAUAAUUCAGCUGUAAGUGCUUUCAGUUAGUUGUAAGUAUGUGCAGACUUCACUGACCCCUCUAGAAGAGGCAAAAUGCCUGUGGGGCAAAUUCGUUUAUUUUUACCGUGAACUGUUCUACACCUUCAACCCUGUUCAAAAAACGUUAGAACACUUCCGAUUUUUUGGGCAUGCACAGGGCAGUCCCCUCUCCCCCACACAGUGUUACAGAAAAACAACGCAGUUUGGGAAAACUUUCAAGAGUUAUUUUCAACUUUGUGAAGGGAGAGGAAGGGGAAUCGACCAAGUGUUCCAACUAUUUUGUCUGGGGUUGUAGUUAAAAAUAUUUGCAUGUGGCAACGGCAAUAUAAAUCUUGAAAGUUUUCUUUUUAUCUGGUAGUUAGGAAGCUGUACAUCCAUGACAAUACUGUCAUUACGGGACAACAGAAUUGUGAGAAUUCCUGAUGAUAUUGGUCGCAUGCCAAACCUGCAGGUUAUUAACCUAGCAUGUAACAGGUAAGUGUUUCAGUUUAUGAAGAUUUAUUUUUCACUUUCUGGUACAAUCAAUCUGCUUUUUUUAAACACCCUCUUGACCAUGAGUUAUAGUCCUCGUGAGGGUUGGGGGGGUGGUAUACUCCCUGUAUGGGCAGGGUUUGCAUGCACCUUGAAAGUCCUUGAAUUUCAAUGCUAACAUAAUAGUUUAAGUAGAGCUCCAAAGAAAAAGGAGCACACACAGAAAGACCUUGAGAUAAAAUUACUGACGUUGUGGAAGAACCAAAAGGACACAGACUCAAGGCUAUUUUUUGCACUGAAUGGAGUCCUUGAAAAAAUGGGAAAUGUCUCCUUGAAAGUCCUUGAAAAGUCCUUGAAAAGCACCCAAGUUUUUUGUUCAAAAAGGGUACGAAGACUGUGGGGGCCUCUAUGGAGAGGCUCUGCCCAAGGGGGGGGGGGGAUACCUUUUCAGGCUUCAGGUAUAUGAAAGGGUAGGGGUUUUACAAGUUAAAUAAUGUUAAAGGAUAGAUAUUAUUAAAAAUCUGUCUUUGCGGUCGGUAAAUGGACCUCAAAGGGCUAAAAGAUGCAUUUUAUGGCCGUGAAAAAGAAGAAAACUUCCUGGCUCAGUAAUUUAUUCAUAUUUAAAAGACGGAGCAUUUACAUUAGUUUAGAAGGAUGCAGCAUUCUAAAUUCAGGGCUGUCAUUAAGAGUCGGGGGCCGGGGAUCUGCCCCGGCUACUAAGAACGUGGCCCCCAGCUACUUUCAAAGGAGAAUAGAAGAAAAAUAGAACCAAAAGGAAACAAGCUGUUUGAUUCUCCGCCUACUUGGUGUAUUUACCCAGCAACUUGAAAUGUCAGUGACAGCCCUGUAAACUUGAUAUGUGAAAGGUUUACCAUUUGUCAAUAGAAAUUACUCAAAGGGAGUUCCCUUUUCUGCCAAAAAUGGUAUAUAAAAAGUUAUGGGGUUUUGCCUCUUGGGGAUCAUAGUCUGAAGUCCGUAAUAUCGGGGUACGAAAGGAAAUUUCCUUGAAAAUCUCCAGGCUGGUACUUCUACUUGCUAAUCUACUUUGUUAAUUUCUUGAAAUCAACAGAUUGGAAUGUCUACCUUAUACCUUUCGAAAGCUGACCAACUUAAAAGCGCUAUGGCUUUCUGAAAAUCAGGUAAUGCAGACUGUCAAUUUCUGGCCAUCUUAGACAUCCUCUAGUUUCAAUUACAUUGAUCGCCUUUCUUUGUUUGAUUCUAGUCCAAGCCCAUGGUUCCGCUACAGUCUGACUUUGAUCAUCGCACUCAGUCACAUGUGCUAACCUGCUUCAUGUUUCCACAGCAACCUCUUAGUGAUGAAGGUACAUUUUCUUCGUUUAAGAGGUAAGCCGAGCGGGGACUAAGGAGAGGAAGGGGUGCUUUCCUCCUUCCCAGUUCACUCCUCCGCCCACUCGGCUUGCCUCGCUCGCCGAUUUUUUUGCGCUGCUAGCCCUGUUAUUCACCCAUUUUCUCCACUUAGGAGCCUAGUCUCAGGAUAUUUUUAAUAUUUUGUGGAUUCUCGCUGCAAUUUCUUUUGACCUACUUGGUUUCUUUUAAUCCUUUCAAUUUUUUUUCUUUCUAGUGUCAUCUUCCGAUCAGUUAAACAGUGAAGAUUCUGGCAGUGUCCCGGCGUCUCUGCUGGAAGAACAAAUUAGGCAAAGAUCUUCAAUCGUCUUCAACAUCGAUGAAGAUGACUAUUUAGUAAGAGACAUUUAUGUCAAAAAAGUUUCUUGUCAUUAUUAAUCUUGUGUCACACCAGAGGAGGUUGCACACCAGUUUGCAAAGAUUCACGGGAGCAAUUUCGACCAAUCACAAUUGAGGAAAGCCGUCUUGCUGCAGACCGUGUCACACAGUCUUUUGAUCAUGAAUAAGCUGCGGGGGAUUGUAAACCGCGAAAAAUACACUCCUUCACCCAGUUCACGCAGAAAAUAAUUCAUAGCGUUUGUAAAAAACGCGUACCGCUAGGAAAAAACUAGUGUGAAAGGUUUGAACCCAGUAGUCAAUUCAUAAGUGGGUGAAGCAUGAUCGUUCAGGUGAACGUAGUCCCAAAUGGUCAUUGUCAACAACAGUUCUAUUUAGGACUUCGCUCACUGCACCCGGACGAUCAUUCUCCACCUACUCAAGAAAAGAACUAGUACUUAUCAUGUUGCUAAAAAAAUUUUCGCCAACUGCGCGCACUUUCUGAUGAGGGAGGGGGAGAAGGGGUUAUUAUAAAAGUUACUGUAGGUUUGGGAAUCUAUAUCAGUAAGAUGAAGUUAAGGAAGCGGUAAUUCCUAAACAGUCCUUAAUGGUCUAAUUAGGGUUUUGCCCAGUCUGUUAAGCUUUUAUGGCUGCAUUUGGCCUUUCAAUAACGAGAGUUGGAUGCAUUCACAGGCUUAAGUAAGCUAACAGAUGGCAUGUAAAUUCUCUUGCAGUCGCGGUUAGCUAGGUACCAGUCCCCUUACCCAAAAGAUGUAAAGGAUCGCGCAGCCCAAUAUCUCGCGAGCAGGCGACAGCAGCAGCAUCAGCAGCAGCAGAAUCAACAGGAUAUAGAGGUAACAGAACCCGUCUUACCAACAUCUCAGCACCAGUGUCACCAGCAAGAUCGGCACCAGUUUAAAUACCAUUACCUGUACAGAAACCUGCACUCGGUGAGAAUAACUUAUCAACACCCAGCACAAGGUUUACACUAAUACUUAUAGUAAUCACUUAGACUGAUCUCCUCGGGAGGAGUGUUGCAUGACGAGAUAAAAACAGCUGCGUUGGAGAACGCGAGGGGCACGCGAGAAGGGGGCGGUUCGGUGAAAACAAUAGCGUCCUUACAGGUGAUCCCUUUUUCCCCUCCUCGCGCGCCUCUCGCUGUCUCGUGCACCCGAUUUUAAGGUCAAGCCAGGUCAAGCGUACCCCCGUAGGUUUCAUUCAUGAAUUGUGUAUAUGAAGGAAGAAUCUGUUAGUCGUUCCCGCAACGGUUUUCAAAUUCAAAUCUGCAUUUCUGCAUGCGUAAUGAGCAGUGAAUUUUUGGCUGCAAACUCUCAGCAUUCGGUCAGAUUGAAAAGUGUUCGGAAUGAUGAAAUUGCCUUGAAGACAUCUAUAAUCAAAUUCAAGAAAAUUGAGCCGGCAGAAAUUCCAGAACUAGCUUGCGUGUGAAUUCACCACUCAUUACCAAUGCAGGGAUGAAUCUGAAGUCUAAAAACUACAUACGGAUUCAACUUUCAAAUGAAAGAUUCACGAGUAGAAUCUUUCGCGGUACGCUUGAUCUGGCUCGACUGUAACACCUGCCACAAAGUUUAUGAGAGAACUGGCCGCAUUUACCAAAGCGAAUCGUUAGGGAACCCUGUGGUAUAUGGAUCAAGCACUCUCCCCACACCCACCUCCUUGGGCUGUGCACUCGCGUUUGUUACUUUCCCUUUUCCCCACUCCCACCACCUUGCUCUUGCGGUCAAUUAAUCCCCGCGGUUUUAAUAUUCAUACGCACGCUCAACGAUCUCUCUGUGAACAGGCCUCUUCAUUUGCGUUUACUCUAAGUUUCCUUUGCAAUGACAAAAUAGAGUAGCCUGAAUUUCAGACAAUUACUUCAAGUCGUAGUUUUUACUCCCUCAGUAACUGAGUUACUGAGGGGGUAAAAACGACUCGAAGUAAUCGUCUGAAAUUCAGGCUAAAAAUAGAGACCGAUCAAAAACUCUUAUCUGUCUGGGGAGUAAUCAUGGGAAAACAAUUGAGAAAAACAGAGUGCUUGUAAACUAGAUACAUCUGUAAUAAGUUAGUUAAGGAAUAAAUCUACCUUUACAAAGUCUCCAGAAUCAAAUAGAGGAAAAAAUCAACAGGAGAGCAAUCGGCAGCCAGUGGCAGUUGUAGUGCAUUCAGUGGAACACAGAGAUGAACCGCAGCUUUUAAGACCUCAAGAGGUGCGUACAGUUGAAGUUCCCUGGUAUGAGGAACAGGUUGGUGUGCCUGUGUGCUUUCCUUACCAUACGGUAGUUAGCAGACAACACACUUUGUUAUACUUAAAUGUAGGUCUUUGAAGUAGGUAUGUUCGGGGAUUAUAGUAGCCUGAAUUUCAAAUUCUAUUACUUGAGAUGUCGUUUUUCUACUGCCAGUUUUACAGUUCUGAGGGCAGUAAAAACAUAUAACAACACACACAGCAUCAAGUUUCUUUCUUUUCCGUUUUCCGCCCCAGAAACUUCUUCAAUCUGGUCGUUUACGAGAGGUUCCAGCUGUAAACAUUUGUCUUGGAAAUGUUUGGUGCUUUGGACAGGGUUCGUACAUAGUCUUGAAUUCUUAAAAAAGUCUCGAAAUUUGGCUAGCAAUUUUCUAGACCUGGAAAAAGUCUGUAAAAUUGAUCACCUUUAUAAGUGCAUUUUUUUCGUCUUGGUCAAAUCUUCCGAGUCUUUGAAAAAAUCGAGCGAAAUUUGUUCCUUUUUUAAGGUCUGUAUUGAAAAAAGUCUUGAAUUUUGGAUUCAAAAAUCUUUAAAAACCCUGUUUGGAUAAGUGGUCGCUUGUGGGAGGUGGUCGCACGUGGAGGGUGAACUAUAUUUUUAUUUUUCAGACUCCUGAAGUCCAAACGCAAAGCUCUGAUUAUAGCAUAGGAGCUCAACCAGUGGUGAAAGUUCAGGCGAUAAACGGUAACCGUCGGGUGAUAUCAAACGGUAUUACCCAGUCGGGUGAUACGGAAAAUGGAGGGGGUGAACCGCAGCCUGUUAUUAGAGCGCCAGUUGCUGCCAAUGUGAGGAGCUUUCCUGGAGACCGACUUAUUGGGGUAAAUAAUUCAUUCGCAACUGUAGAAACGAGAAGAGAACUGGAGCCGAAUUGCGUACCGCAAUUGUUUCUGGGAUGGUUACUGGGGACGCGCCGGGCAGCUAUGGUCAUUUUUUUUCACUGUCCCUAGUGACACUCCCAGAAGUCUUUGCGAAAGUUACCUCGGCCCAGUCUUCCUCCUUUUUCUAAAGCGGCGAAUAAGCCCAUACUUUCUCACAAGAUACACUUUCUUAAGUUGUACAUGACAGUGUGACUGGUUCUAGAACAGGGCAUGUCAUUAACAUUUUAUUGUAAUUAUUACUUUAAUAGCAAGGACAGUAAUUGAUGCUAAAGCUUGGCGCCGAUUUUUGAGAUAUUGCAACCACUAAUACUCCAGAAUCGCAUAGGUGUCAUACUGAACUCGCCGCUAGUCUUCCCUUACCACUACUGUUGCAUUGAAGAGUGCGAGAAAAAAAAUCACAAAGUUAAACAGUCGUUAAACCGAACUGAGCUGGCCCAAAGAUAUCUGAAUCACAAAGAGAAUGCUGAUUACUAAUUAGAGAGUAGCCGGAGACCACAAAAGAGAGCAAUUAAGAUAUUUUAAUUAUAUUAUUGAUCGAGCUGACCAAAACAUCUCGUUUUACACGGAACCAAUUUGGGCAUCUGGAAUGACCAAUUCUCAAGAGCAUAUUGUUGUUUCCAGUAAACAGAAGUCCACUUUCCGUGAUUAAAAUUACUCAAUUUCCAAGAUUUUGCCGCGGAAAACCGCUUACGAUUGAACCACCGAGCUAAGUAGAUGGAAAGCAGGGGGAAAAUGAAAAUGAUCAUUCACACUCUUCUCAUUAACUUCGUAAUGAGUGACGCGUUAGGAGUUUGAUGAGAAAUUAGAUCUUAAUCGUUGUUCACUUUGGUUUCAGGGACAAACUCCUGUUCCAGAGGAGCCAAACCCCCGCCGACCUCCUGUUUAUCAGCCACCCCCUCCCUACACCCCACGAGAGAACAGAGUACCCCCUGCACCACCCUCUGAGGUCGAUAGUGGACCAUCAGCGGAAUCACUGCAUUCCUUCCGUGAAGAAAUGCCAAGCUCUUUAUCUUCCCAUCAUGGCCGUUCCAGAGUGGGUAGACUGUGGAGUCACUCCACAGGCACCCCAGAGUCAGGGCAUAUAAAUGAUGUGCACUCUUUUAACGAGGAAGAACCUAGUUUUGUCCAAGGACCAUUGAGGCCACCCUCUUAUUACGAGGCUACAAGUCAGAGUGAUAGGACGCUUGGUCUUGGAAAUGUUGUCCAUCAUGUUUGGUCUGCUAAUACUGGAACUAUAACAAACGGAACUCAUGGGUCUCAUCGAUCGCCUCCUCCGCAGUACUCAGCACAAGCAGAAGUGUUGAGUGAAGUUCCGGUUCGUUCAAUAGUGCCGGAACCGAAAGCUCCACAAAACGCCUACACUCAACCAAUCGCACGCGUCAGGCCUAUAGUAAGUGUUGCACAAAGACUUGAUAUUUCGCAGGAAGAUGCACAGAGAUUCGAGAACAGGGUUCGACAGCUUCAGCGCGAGAGAGCAAUGGAGCGGAGAGAUGUGGCGACAGUUGACGGAACACAGGUUGUUGUUGGAGACAAUCACAGACCGCAACAGGUUGCCACGGCAACUCGCAGAAGAAGCAACUCGACAGAUUCUCGCAAUUCCGAACAAUCCGUACAGUCGUCGCAAGACGACGAAGAACCGGUGGAUAAUGACCCAUCCGUGGAGCUGGUGAGAAACGGGCCCAGAAACGUCCUGUUCGCUAACGUGUUGAGUCGUUUCGCUGGCGUGUCAGGUCAUUUCCCUAACUUCUUUCGCCUGACCAAUAGCUAAACGAACGAGGUAUACACAUGUGUAUUGAAAGAACGAGGUGUAUGCAUGUGUUGCGCUCGUUUCGUUUCGUAAGUGAUACGACUUACGACGUCAGCGAACGUAACGUUACCGGAGCGACGCGUAGGCCAAACGAACGUUCACCAUCGUAUAAACAAACUCUCUUCGAGAUGGUAAGCGUCCACCGCGGUCAUCUCUUGUGUCUUUUGUUGUAGAGAAAUGGUGUAGGUCACAACCUGUUGCACGAAACCCAAGCAAAUUCCAAUUCUGAUCGCAAAAAGUGGCAAGCUCAUGUGACAGCUUAAAUGGUUUCAGUAAAACACUGACUAGGGAUGGGGUCAAGGUCGACUGUUCUUUUGUUUCGUAUUAUGUUCUUUGUUCUAUUCGAUGUGAAGUAUAUGAAAUAAUUCAUUUUUGAACUGCGGCAACGAACUGUCGCACCGGCAACGCGGAGGUCACGGGUUCGAAUCCCGUUGAAGCCCUCAUUUUUUUUUUCAGGCUUCUUCUUUCCAGUUGCUUAAAUUGGAAAAUUUACUGCGAUGAUCAUUCUUCACUUUCAUUUUUUCUUUUCGUUACCAAAGCAUAAAACAGAGAACGAAACAAAAGAUCAAUAGCUCCCCACCCCACCCCGACUAAGCGUUUUACUGCCAUGCCAGCCUGAUAGUCCGAUGCGACUGUUUUGUGUUUAACUUUUUUAGUUUGUAUUUGUUUUAUGUUUGUUUUAGAUUCAAGUAGAAGUUUACAAAAAUCCAAAUCUUGGAUUCAGCAUCGCCGGUGGCGUUGGUUCUUCGUCCAAUCCUUUUCAUCCCAACGAUAACAAGGUAAAAAUGUCUCCGUAACAUUUUCAAGACUAGGCACCUUUUUACUUGUUUUUGUGGUUGAAACUGGCUGAUUUUGUUACUAAACUUCCAGUUACGCUUCCUUAUGCGCUAUGAAACUUAACGUUUACGAAAAAAUUUCUUGUCAACGAUAAAAUCAUAGCUACUUGUUCAACAAAUUUACUUCCCAAGUAUUGUAUCAAACGUUACAAACAACAAACAUGAACUUUGAAAAACUGUUAGGCUAACAAGUUUUCUAAAAACCACAAUUUCAAUCCGUUUUAAUCUUCUUCAAGUUUUUCCAUCCGUGCCUACUUUUGUGUUUGCCGUCUUAUUAAUUUCUUCUUUUAAAGUUUUACGCGAUUAUUUUUCAUGUUUUACUCAAUUUGGUGGCUGGGUCACGAAAUUUGUCAAAAUUGAAACAGUGGAAACCGCCACUAAGCUGAAACAAAAAUAACUGCUCGGAACAAGAAACGAAGCUAUAAAUACCACAGUAAAUACGAAAGGAGAAACGGAUAGACAACCUUUAGGACAUUCAUAUUAUGGUAAAUUGACAUCUGUCAAAAUAGGGUAUCCGCUGAUCAGAAUCAGAUGACCCUAUCACGGGCUCAGGUGCCAACUCAUCGAGGUCACCAUGCUAUUAGCUUAGUUUAAUUCUCACAGGCUCAAGUUUAUGGUUCUCCCCAAAAGUUAAGUACAGAUUUGAGGAUUUCUUUGCAAUGGUUUUAAGUCGUUGUCUGAAGAAAAUUUAAAAUGCAUAAGCGGGAGCUUCGCUUUUAGCUCUGACUAAAUUUACACAUUAGUCAGUGUAUUAAGUUAGUAAGAAUCCUGCUGUAGUACGUUUUUGUUUGGCUAAAAGUUUACUUUGCGUACGUUUAUAAUAAGUCUAAUGAUAUAUAUCUCAGUAUUUAGUUAAAACUGUUUAAAAAAGGUAAAGGUAAAGCAGCCAAAUUUUACGUCCAUAACUGGUGACAGUAAUUCAACUGAUAAACUUGCGGUCGACGGCGCCCUCAUUCUACCCCCCUAUCUCACCAAUGCUCCAUUUAAAGUUUAAAGCUAGUUAAAGCUACACAGAAAGGAGAGAAGUUGAAACAAGGAUGUAGUGUCACCAGGAAUCGAACUCGGGACUUCGCGCACCGAAGGCCACGCACCAGCCAACUGAAUGGGUCAGUUUAUGACCCAUGGUCAGUUGAUGGGUCCCGUCUUCCCUAAGUCUGUUCAUUGUAGGGUUCAACUCUUCCUCGGAGACCCAGGGACAGUCAGUUGGCUUAGGAAAAAGGCGUGACGAGAAUAUCCCUAGGGACUCUCCUGCUUAUGCUUGGAAACUUUCGUCCCUCAUUUUCCCCAACCCAACUGUCUGCCCCGGGUCUCCGAGGAUGGGUUCAACUUUUCCACAACACUUGUGUUUAUCACUUUGUUGUUGUUUUUUUCUUUCCUCUAAACAGAGUAUUUACGUGACGAAAGUUCAACCGGAUGGUCCCGCAGCGUUUGGGCUUGUCCCUGGCGACAGAAUUCUCGAAGUAGGGGAAUACUUCUGACCUUACAUUCUUCUGACCAAUAUUUUUAAACGCUCUUUUUCAAUGGCGAUGGUGUCAAGAGUUAUAAUCACAAGCCUAGAGCGUCAUGAUCUAUUAUAGAAAAAAGAGUUCCGAUUCCUUUAAAGACUCUGUCGCUUGCAAUCCACGUGAACGCGGGAUUGGACCGAAAUACAUCGCGAGAUUCGAGAAACGUUAACGGGAUGCGGGAUUUGUCAGCUACCGGGCGAAGCGGGAUUCGCCAAAAUUUGGGCACCGAUGUGAGGCUGGGAAAGAAAACGUUUUUUGGGAUGGCGACGACGAAGGAAGUGGGAGUGCGGGAUCAGGACUCCCCCUUCCAGACCCUGACCCCCGGGGGGGGGAGGGGUACUCCCUUAGAUAAGCCAUAUAGGUAUGUGCCGCCCCAAAGGGUGGGGUUUUUGAGCCGUUUUGGUCGGAAAACAGGUAUAGACUUUGUCCAUUUUGGUCUGGAAUCGGGUACGAUUUCCGAGGGAACUUCCUGAACUACGGGAAUGUAUGAACGCGUGUAUCGUUUGAAUUCCAAAUAUGCAAGAAAGAAAGCAAAAUAAGCGAAUUAGAAGUAGAUUGUUUCGAAAUAGGGUCGGGAUUUUGAGAACUGAGCGGCAUACCCCCCCAAGAAUUUCCAGGAGUACCCCCCUUCCUCCGAGCCCUGACCAGACUACCAGAGUCGUAAGCAGAUGCGGAAGAACUUUACCAGCAACAGUUCGGAACAGUGCACGACAAAGAGAUUUGCGUGUAAUGGGCUUGUUCUUCCGCUUCAGUACUACCAGCCGCGGGAUCAGUAGAAAAUUAAAACGUGCUGAUUCCCGUCGAGCUUAUUACUGUGCUGAUGAAUGCAAUGUUCUAUUUUUACUAGGUCAUAUCCGUUCUUAUGACUCCGACUCAAACGCCAUUGAAAACGAGCCUCUAGGAUUCAUAUAUUUGGAAUCCGGCCUCUUGUUAUUCGCACGUAACGCAAUUAAAGUAUUCUCGGUUUUCACAUGACGUCACCAAAAUUCAAACUAAGAGAUUAUCGAUUCUUCUGACUGUUUACUUUCAUGAGGUAUUACAACAGCUAAACAAUCUACUUUAUACAAUUUUUCGUUUUACGAUAGAGGACGCUUGAAUUUCCAAUCUUUUGCGUGACUCUGCGGCAGAGAAGGCCCUCGUGGAGGCUAAAAAUGUGACCGAUUUUCUCAAAUUUUGCUUUUCUUGUCUUCAGAAUAAAGAUUAGUAUAAUCUUUAUGAGUUCUCCCAAGCACUAGAAAAACUGAAAGACAGAUGUUUUUGUUGGUGUCUAGACGCCAAAUUUGUGCCCUUCAAUGGGACACCAAAGAUGGGGUCUCCGUACAAAGCUUUAUGAAUUUUGGUAAAUUAUUUUCCCGAGUAUCUGGCAUAUGAAAUAUGUAUAUCUCUAUUUGAUUCUUUGCAUAUUUAUCUUCUAAUGAAUGGUUUCGAUUUUUAUUUUUGAUGGCGUGAUAGUGGAAACAGAGAAUUGAGUCUUUCAAGAUUUAGCUGGAAAAAACAGCCGACAUUUCGCGAUGCGGCAACUGGUUUCCGCGCGAAAUAAAGUCUGUUAGUGCUUCUAAUUGGAAACUUUCUCCAGCCAAUCAGAAGCACUACCCAGAUCUGGUUAGUGAACCGUCAUCAGUAUGGAAUUUCUGCACGCGUUCCUUAAACGUCAUUUCGCGGGGAACUCAGUGUUGGCGUGGAGGAAAGUCGGCUGUUGUCUCGGUUUAACAAGCAACCUUUCAAACGAACGAAAUAGAUAAGAAUGUCAACAGCACACAGGUUCGUGCGAAGUGUCAUACAGCGCCGAGCACACCAAACGCGUGCAACAGUACCAUUGGCGGGAAAACAGAAAGCGAUAGUUAAGCGUGGGAAAUGUGAACGAACCACUGCAUGAACCAAGUCACAAGUUUUAGCUUUGCGCUGAUUGGUUAGAGCUGUUUUCACCUGGCCGAUAGUUACUUACUAUGACCAAUCACAACAGAUUAUCUAUUAAACCAAUCAGAUCUUGCAGCAGAUACAUGUAGGUGACGUCAAAUGCGAGAAAUCUUGUGCGGCUAAAGGCACGACUGACUUUGGAUUGGCUCCCGAUUGGCUGAAAAUUGGUGCGAGGGUUUUCUAAACAACUGUUGUUAAAGUUUAAGAAUGCAAAACGGAAACAAAUACGUUCUGGAAAAAAAAAAACAAAACAUGUCUCUGACGUGGUUGGUUAGAAAAUUGUACCCGCACAAAAGCAAAUUCAGUAUUAUAAAUUAAUUUUUCUCAUUUUAUUUUCUGGUUCACCAAGCUCAUGACAUGCCAAUUUUACGUUAUUUUCGUUAUUUUGUAGGUCAACGGAAUUAAUCUCAGACGAGUCACUCACGAAAAAGCUGUUCUCUUUCUAAAGCACAACCAAGCUGUGAAAUUGCUCGUUGCAAGGAAGAAGGAACAGGCUUCCUGACACGGAUAUUAAAAUAAAUCGUCCGACGAGAACUGUAUGGUCGUGGGAGACUUCUUGCUUGGAAAGAACCAGAGGAAAUCAAGAUACGAUUUUGUUGCCUUGCACUUAAGUCAGUCUUUUUUAUGGCAUUCGCAGGCACUGAGGAAGAUACGGGGCAUUCAAACUUGGGAAAACGUGAACCAAACGGAACAAACAAAGCCCACAAAUUAUGCUGCUUGUUCUAGACAAUGACACAGCUUGGCUUAAUAUUGGAUAUUGAGCAUAUGCGUAAACGCUAAUGGAACUGACUGGAAUGAAGCAUUCACGCGGGAGGCUUGUUCUUUUAGACUCGCUUAUUUAGAAAGUUGUUUUUACUUCUUUAGGUGUAUUUUUUCCAAACACAGAGAGCGAUAUAAGCAAGUGAAUUGUAUCUUAAAAACAUGGGCAAUAUUGGGCAUUGUCUUCAAAAAAUAAAAGAAAGCGGAUAUGCCCUUUCGAGAGGGCAUUCUAGUGGCUUCAAGAGCGAACUCUGAGAGUUAAGGAACAAGAAAUAAGAAGUUACGGAACUGUGGAAAAACUUUAAAAUAACGACAAUGAUGAAAUCUUUCGCUGUAAAUCAGCUUUGCUGUAAAAGCUUGUCAGCGCCAAACGAAAUUUAAAUCCGUGCUAUAAGUGGAACGUGACCACAGGAAUUUAAUACGGAAGAGGAAAAAAACCAAUACCUCGGUCACACCUAGCUUACAGAGCUGUAUUUGUUCCAACACCUCACAAAAAUAAAUAAAUCAGACACAUUUAAAAAAAUAUUGAUUUACUCUGUUUGAAGCCUUCCUACAGACCGUCUUUGCGGAAACCCUGAUUGCUGAGCGAUCAAAGCGCAGAUACAUCUGUUACAUAUAAAAUCUCACAUACCUUAUUGAUACUUAAUUUCGCGACUUUGGCGAGAGAGUAUUUCGCGGGGUUUUAUUUUUGCGAUUUCGAAACGCAAAUAAUUUCAAUGAAAAAAGGUCAUUAAAUUUCGCAAUUUAGGUAUUCUCAACUUCAUUUUAUUUUUAAAAAAUUUCUGAACGUUUUCAAAUUUCUACUUAAACUGGAAAAACAAUAUGUGAAAGCUACACAAAUUAACGUUACUUCACUUACUGAAGAUACAAAACAGAGCUCAGUUACCAGUAUAACCAGUUUUAAAUAAGUUUCAUUAUCGAUACAUAUUCUGCAUACUGUUGUGGUUAUUUCAAGUUAAUAUUUUUUAUGUGAUUUGAAUUUUUUAUGUGAGUAUUUAAUUUCGGGGGUCUUUAUUUUCGCGAUUUGAAAUACCUGCGAAUAAGGUACAUGUUCCAUUUCCCCUUAUAACAUUAACUUUCCUCCUACCAGAACCAUGUUUUUCGGACAAAGUUAAUUCCUGGCUCACGAUUUUAUUUUCAUCAUACAAAUUAUAUUUUUGUUGGCCGAACUAUUUUUGUCAAACAAGCUUUAUUUUUAGCGUACUAACUAUGCUUUCCUCAUAUAUUAGCAACUGAGGUAUCGUCAUCAUCAGUAUUACCAAUAUUAUUAUUGUUGUUGUUGUUUGAUUUGGGAGCUAUGUACCGUUAGCUUGGUGAUCACAAUGGAACAAUGGACCCAGCCCGGGGGAGGGACUCCGCAUAUAAAAGCGGUGGGGAUGCUCGUCGUCUCGCUUAGGGGUGUAAAUUUCGGAUUUUGAUCUCACUUAGAGUGUUCUGGGCAAAACGCCAUCAUAUUUAGCCGUGAAGGUCUCGUUUAGGGUUGCACGUGGAAAAAUAUAAAAAAAAAAUAUGUGUAUUGCCUGUGUUUUAACAUGGUCUCUUUUAUCGGUCAAAAAAGCUUGAGCUACGCCCGGAUCGGUAUCUUUUAGGGGUUUAAUUCAAAAUUUCCGACGAGUAUCCCCCCCCCUUUCAUAUGCGGGGCCCCCCCCCGGGGACCCAGUAAGAAGAUCGAGCAAAUCUCUGAAGUGGUUUUCUCGAGACAAAAUGAGUUUUAACGGGUCGUCUAGGUCGCCUCUGUCCCUCUAGGGACCAUUUGAUCGCAGGUUGUCAACUUUCUUUUAGAAGAGUUAAAAAUUUCCGGACAAAAAAUUUAACGAUAUUUUUGGCGAGAUUCAUUAAGGUUUCUAUUUUUGUAGCAUGCGGAAAAUUUUUGCAACUCAGACUAGAGUUUCAGAGAAAGCAAAAGGGAAGUGGAGAGUGAAUAUCCAAUCAAAAAUUGUAUUUUAUUGUCAAAAUAAGCCAAUCAAAAUGCGCCUUAGAUUGCCCAAUGCUGGUCAAACGGAAGUAUUUUGCAGCGCUUUGCAGCACGAUCGCUUCCAGUUUGAAAGAGUGCUAGAAUUCUGAUCUUCAACAAGAAUUUUUUCGUUGAAUACUGCAAUUCAACUACCCCAUGUAGCGAGCAUAGGUAUGUUUACAGAUUUCUUUUAGAUUUAGGGGAAUUUAAAUGUUAAUGUUGAAGGGAAGUGUUUUGAUUGUUCAUUUUCCCGUAUGAGUUUAGGCGUGUAUCACUUUACUUCUUGAAGUUGAAGAAAUUUUUGUUAUCCUGGGAACCUAAUGAAGGUGCUUAGAUGGCAAACUUUCGAUAUCGUGAGCGUCUGUUAGUGUAGAGUUGAAAGCAUAAUAUUAAUCGUUAUAUUCUUUUCUAAUGAUCACAUUUCAUGAGGUUUCGUAUUGACUAUUCACCACAGAGUACAUUUGCAUUCCUUGACCUUCACAAAGUGAACAAGAAAUUCUUGUUUGUGAAUGAGCUCUGCACAUAAAAUGGCAGUGAACAGUCUUGCUGCCGAGGCUUAUCAUGCUCUUUAGAAUUCAGGGCUAUUCAUGAUCAAGAGAAGGAUGAAUAUAUUUUGCUUUAGUGAUAAAUAUUGCCAAAGCUGAGGUCAAUAAUUAAAAAUCAAAUUGAAAGGUAAUGUCUUGUUCAAGGUUCGCGCUUCGCUCUCUCCCGGAAGCUAGAUAAGUUUAUCGUUUUUUGAAUGGAUUGAGUCGCCUAUUUUGCCAUUAAAUCUUUUCUUUUGCAUUUUCCGAUAUUUUUGUGGUACAUUUGUGCCAAUUUAUUUGCUUGUUUUCUCCUCGACCGGCAAGAUUUUACCGGGACCUUAUAACUUCUAUGUCAAAUAUGUGAACGAUCCCUAAGGCGAUCAGAGCUUAACCCAAGUAAUUAAAGUACCGUUUAUUUUUAAGAUGAGAUUUGAUCAAUCACAUAAGCGCUGAUUUGUGCUGAUUGUUGUUCUGAGCUGCACAUAUAUUUGAAAAUACAGCCGAACCUCUCUAAUUAAUACGGACACCGAAGAGACAGAGUGAAGUGUCCGUAUUAGAGAGGUGUCCAUAUUAGAGAGGUCACUAUGAUUACGUCACUUUUAAGACCCCACUGACCGGUUAGACUAUUCAGUAAGUAGAAUUAAGCCCAAAACUCUUUGUCUUGUUAAUUUCUGAAUCUAAAUUGAUUAAUGUUAUUGUAUGCUGUACAUGUAUACAAAUUUUGGAAGAAAAUGAAAUACUUCGCCUAAGACAUGUUCUGGUAUUGGUAUCACUGACUGAUGAAGUGUCAGUGUUUGUGUAACUGCCGACAGGAGAUGGUACAUAUACCACAAAUUAUUGACACCUUGUCCUGGAGUGUCUCUAAUAAAGAGGUUAAGUUUGUAUGAAUUUGCUCCCAAGGGCCGAGAUUUGGGUGUCCGUUGUCCAUAUUAGAGAGGGUCUGUAUUAUAGAGGGUUUUUUUCAGAGGAAAUGUAUGAGAAUUUUGUCAGUACAUAGCAGACAGACUGUCUGUAAUAGAGAGGUGUCCAUAUAAGAGAGGUGUCCGUACCGAGAGGUUCAACUGUAGUUUACUAUGGUUUAAGUGCUUGGUUGCAGUGCUACCUACAGAUCUACAAUCCUCGUAAAAAAUCUUGAAACACUUGUGUGCGUUUCCCCUUCCCCAAGGUUGAUUUGGGUAUCACAGUUUUCUCAGUGCUUCAAAAUACGUGUGGCUCAACACUGGGGACGGAGAGGGCACAUUACAGUGGGAACAAAAGUGUGAGGAGUAAAUCUCAAGAAUUUUCUAGAAAAUUCAAGAGAAGCAGUGUCUGUUUCUACGAUUUGUGACGAGUAUUGUAGAUGAGCCUGCCAUUGCACGGGUAGCGCAAGUAUGCAUAAGAGUUGUAGGAAAGUGAAAAGGGGGAUGGUUCAUAUAAGUUGUGGAAGAAAUUAAGUGAAAGUGUUGUGUACAUCAUAAAUAUGAGCUUUGGGAUGAACAUUUUCUGAGUGUAGACUUACCAUGCACACAUUUUGAAACUUAAACCUAGUUCGUGUUGCGUCCAAGUUCAGCUUCUUUCUCAACACACUUAAAUCUGACAGCUGGCAAAGAAAAAUAAUCUGGUUAAACUGUUUACAGUACCAGGUUAUGUUAAAGAUUAUUUUGGACCAGGUUUAAUAUUAACAAAAUAACUCAAAAUGAGUUUAUUGAACAGUGCGAAACAACUGCAGGGCCGAUAACUGGACAGUAAACAGGAACAAAACUAGAACUAGUAAAACUAAGAAAUGUGGAAAUUGAAAAUACAAAAUCGUAAAAAAAGUAGGGUGGGAGAGGUGGGUAAGAGCUUAUGCCUCGUCUCUCCAGAUCUUAGAAAAGAUGAGACUCCAGACCACACAGUUGACCAGAAGGGACAUUCGAUAUCUCUUUAAUGUUACUGGUUAAUUUAUCAUCAAUAAUAAAUGAUUUCUCUUCUACACACCAACAUAUUUUAUCUCUCUUUCAGAGGACUUUGCAGUGCUUAUUUGACCAGUUAUAAAAAUGUCAGUUCCACUGAAUGAGGUACAGCAGAAGAGGACCUCAUUACGGCGAACUCCGCCACCCAAAGCACCACCCAAAAAGGGCUCUCCACCAAGGGAUAGACCAUUGAAAACACAGGAUAGCAACCCAGAAAUAGCACAGUUGAUUCCUGGAUUCAAACUUAAGAAGACGGGUUUUCGUGAUAGCUUGAUUGCUGAAGAUGUUGAUAACAAACAUCUUACACCUGCUGGCAGUGAUGAACCAGAAAAUGAACUUUUGAAGAAAAUUAAACAGAGGAGAGUUAUUGUUGAACAGGGAAAUCAAAAUGAGGCAGAGGAAACUGCCAAGCCUAAACUGAAGCCUAAACCCAAACCAAAACCCCAUCCUGAUGGCAGAGAGAGCGAAAGGAAACUUUCAAGCUCAUCUGAUGACAGUUCAAAGGAGAAUAAAGGGAACUCGACUGAUGUUAAUAGGAAUCUUGUGAUCUGUAAAGAUUCACGAGGAGAACCUAUACUCCGCAUUUUGCCAACACUUGAAAGCUUGGGAAAGCCUCCUUCAAAGCCAGUUAAAGUGGAGAGUUUAGAGGACAUUUUGGCAAAGUAUAGUCGAGCAGAUAUUGUGAUUGCUCAUCGACGAAAUACUUUGUCUUUGCCUAGGAAUAUUGAAGGCAGCAUAGGUAUUGUGGUUGAUUAUCUCUUAUCCCUUUAAGUCCCAAUAGUGACCAACAGCAAUUUUCUCCUAACAAUCUCCAUACAUUGUCAAGAGAUAAGGUUGUAAGAAUAUAAAAAAUGAUCACGAAUGAGAAAACGCCUUGAUGUUUUAUUAAAUUCUCUCAACUAAUUCUUAAGGGAAAUGUAUGGAGAUCAGUUUGGAGAAUUUGUCUGUGGAUACUGGGGCGUAAAGGGUUAUAUGAAACCUAAAGCAAAAAGGGUGUUGGAGGGGUGGGUUUUUGGGAGGGUGGGUGUCCAUACAGUUUGUCCAUCCUUAGUAUUAUUACUGUGAUAGUGUGUGCUAUGAUGCUGGAGCCCUUAAAUAUCCUGAAAAAUAAGGAAUCUAGGGGAAAGUAAAGGGGACAAGUUAUCGUUUGUUUGUCGCGUAGCAUGUUUAUGCCCAGUGGUCAAACAUGACACCUAGAGUUGGUCCCUGCCUUUUUUUUUACUCCUUUUGGUUGACUUUCUAUAAGAUGGAUAUCUCUCUAAUAUGGACAUGUAGUACCAGUCCCAAAGUUGUCUGUCUUAGAGAGAGUCGACUGUGCAUGUAAUAUUGAUUCUCAUUAAUAAGCCAUAGGUGAUGUUAUUACUGAAGCUGAUGAGUUCCAGCAAGAAGAUUAUGAUGAUGUUGAUGAGGAGACAAAAGCUCAGAUUCUGGACAAAGCUAAGGCUGAACAAACAGCUGAAGGAGACAGUGGUACAGUUUGUAAAUUAAUAGAAAACUUCUAUAUGUUCUAAUAUUUAUUGUAAUUUAAGGAUAGGCUAAGAGUGCUUUGGGAGAUUUAAUUGUAAGUGAGUUCUGAUACAUGCAUAAACUUCUCUUUUUAUAAAACUGCCUUUUGCUUGUGGAACAAAAUUAAUGAAUAAUAAUUCAAAACAAUCUCAAAGUCACUAAAACUAUAAUAGGGGCAUUUUUCACUUCCAUUUUGAACUCAAAUACGGUGUAAAUUAAUCGAAGGAGGAGAUUUUAAAUGCUGAUAAUCUGUUAGAAGAUGCAACAUCAGGCCCUAAAAAUGCAAAGUUAGACAGAUUAAAUGCUAGCAAAUGACAUAAAGAUGAUCAAUUGAAACUGCAACCUUGAGGAUCACAAGUGACAAAUUAUAAAAUAAUAGAAUACUGUUGGUGGGGACCUGGCUUGGAGUAACAAAAUGUUUGAAAUUCAGACUUGGGACACAUGUACCCUCCGCCAUAAAAUAGCCUCAAUACUGAAUUUAAAGUAUUAAAAAGGCUAUUUUCUCAAACUUCAGGGAUCCUUGAAGAAAACUAUGAUGAUGUUGAUGAAAUCAAAGAAAAAGUUAAUGAAAUAAAUAGAAGCAUGGAUGAAGCACAGAAUGCUGAGCCCAUCUGUGAAGAGAGUUAUGAUGACCUUGAUACAGUGGCAGAAGAAGCUCAGAACCAUCUAAGAAACGGUAUGUGAUCACAGGGGCAGGACAAAUACAAACAGAAAGAGGGAGCGUUAAGGGCUUUGGAGUUGCUUUCCCGUCCUCUCCCACACUCUGGAACAAAUUUAUUUAAAUGAAAGUGUUUGUGGGGUUAUUUAUUUAGAAAUACACUUAAACCUCUCCUCAAAGGCCACCUUGGGGGUAGCAGAAAGUGGCUGUUGUAGAGGUUUGACCCUUUAAGUCCUGAUAGUGACCAAGGUCAAUUUUCUCCUAACAAUAUCCAUAUGUUACCAAGAGAAAUGGUUAUGAGAGUUAAUAAAAUGAUCACCUAAGAGAAAAUGCUUUGAUCUUCUUCCAAAUUCUGUCAACUUAUUCCUUAAGGAAAUAUAUAAAGACCAGUUUGGAAAAUUUGUAUGUGGAUAUUUGGGCUUAGAGGGUUAAAGAAGUGUCAAUGUUUGGACUGUCCGCCAGGACAAAGGAGAUUGGCCAUUGUAGAGAGGUGAAUUAAAGAUGGUUAUUGGUGAAGUUUGGACUGUAUCCCAGUUCCCUGUCUCACAGGUGACCAAAUUUCCAGAUCCCAUAUCUUAUUCGUAAAGUCGAAUACUGUAAUCCAGAAUCUUUCCUGCCUCUUCUACUCUACAGUCUGAAGUCCUCAAAUAUUACAUUUUGUGUAAGUCUGUGAAAAUCUAGUAUUCCAGAAAAAAAAAACUACUGUGGACCCUUAACUGUUUAUACUGGAUUUUAAAAUGUUUUUUUAAUAUUAUUGUUAUAGAUUUUAGUGCUGUAGGUAGUGGAGAGACAUUUGGUGAAGAAAUGUAUGAAGCGUUACCUGGAGAGGAACAGGGAGGUUCAGAAAAUGGCUUUGACUCACUUGUUGAAAAUAAGGUUUCACCUACAGCAACUCCAAGGUGUUAUUAUAGUAAUAUUUUCUUAACCAAGUGCCUUCUGAUAGGUCGCGGAAGAAAAAGUCAAAUUUUGCGGGAUUUUUAGGGACAAAUUUGCGGGAGUUUUCAGGGCAAACUUCACCAAAAAGCAAUCCGUAAAAAACGGCUGAUUUUGUGUUAUUUUCAAGGCAUUAAAUUUUGCUAGAAAUCGAUCAGUUUUGCGCUGAUCAGACCAGCAGUUUUAACGUUUUUCUAACAGAGGUCAUCAUUUGCUCUUUCAACAACAAUACGUUCCAGAAAUCAACCAAUGGCAAAGCCUUUCACAUCAUGGCUAGUUCCCAGUUUUUCGCAUAAUCUACGCCUGAUAGUUUCAGGACGUUGUUUGCAGGUUUCAAUGACGAAGUUCCAAAAAAAAAUUGCAAAUUUACGGCAAGUAAAUAGCCCCUAUAGCUGAAAUAAGUUUCAAAUAUGUUGUACAGACAUGUAUUUGAUAAGAUUUCUACCAAAUUUUGCGGGAUUUCGCGGAUUUACCUGAAUUUCACAGCUCCGUGACCGCGCGAAAUAUCAGAAGCCCUGACCUACUGAGUUCACCCAUUCAGUUCACUAUCAACUGAAAAUAAAGAAACCCAAACUUUCUCUUUGAUGGGUAUACCCAUCAUUAUAAAGUCUGAGGUGGCUGGAGAAACAGGCGGUCACUAUGAAAGUAAAUUGGAGUUUUUGUCCAGAAAAUUGUAGUUCAAUAGCUAUUAUCUGAAAAUGAGUUAGUCAAUAGAGGAUGAGCGCAUGUCACAACAACAACAACUUAUAACAGUUUACUCAAUUUGAUAAAAAUUUACAAUAUUAUAAUUAUGUUACCCACACAUUCAAAAGCCAGGAAAGAAAUUAUUAAAGAAAAUGAAUAAAGAGAAAGAAAAACUGGAUCCGGCAUAUUGUUAAUUGUAUAGAAAUCGUAAAAAAGUAGAAAGAUUGUAAAAGAAAAACGAACUAGAAUAAGUAAGUGAGGGGAGCUUAAAAAGACGUGUCCAUCUUGCUCAACUCCCCUCUGACCAUCAAAUAGAAGCAGUCCCUGAAGAGCUGCUUUGCUUUGUUUUUACCCAUUUUUGUAGAGAACAGAUUAAAGAGAAAGGGAAAAAGGAUCUUAAAAAGGAGAUGGAACUGCAGAAAAAGAAAGAGAGAGAAGAACUGAAAAGAAAAAAGGAGGAAGAGAAAAGAAGAGAAAAAGAGGAAAAAGAAGAGAAGAAGAGAAGAGAAGAAGAAAAAAAGAAAAGAGAAAGGGAUGAUAGGGAGCUUCGGAAGAAACACAAGGUACGUUUUUUAAGUUGAUCAGUUUGUUGUUUGUUGAAAAUCAUAACCCAGUUCAUAAAUAAUAUUGUUAGCCAACAGUUACCAACAAACUUAGAAUAGAUCUUGUAAUUCCCUUUCUUCUUUUAAAUCUAAGCUCAAGACUUGGCUUUUUAAAAUUGGUUAUGAUGUUGUUGUAUAGAAUGAUGAUGAUUUUAUAGGAUGACAAUGUAGUUUUGUAGGUUUAGGAUUUUGUUGUUAUUUUUAUUAUGUAAAGCGCUUUUGGACCAUUGGGAAUUUUUAUAGGAUGACAAUGUAGUUUUGUAGUUUUGUAGGUUUAGGAUUUUGUUGUUAUUUUUAUUAUGUGAAGCGCUUUUGGACCAUUGGGAAUUAGCGCUCUAUAAAUAUUGUAUAUUAUAAUUAUUAUUAUUAUUAUUAAGUAUUUGAAUGUGAAAAAGGCAAAGUCUGCGUUUGAGCCAUUUAAAAGUGGCCAAUCAGGCCAAGGCUUUUGCCAGUUUCCAUGGCAUGUAGAAUUUAGGAAUUUCUUCUCCCUCCUGGGUGGGAUGCUAGACCAUCGUGGUAAUAUAUUACACCCCCCCCACCUCAGGCAUUUAAUUCACUAGAAACCAUUUGUACACCAGGGUUGAUUGAGGCACUGUUAUAAUAAUAAGCUUGUAAAAUGCUUUGCCCAAGAACACAAAACAAUGAACCAGCCAAGGCUUUACUGUAAGACCUUUCAAUCUGGAGUCCAGUACGCUAACUAGCAUCUACAUGAAUUUCUAAGCCUUUCUAUUUAUUAACUGUAAAUCGCCUCAUUAGUUAACUUCCUAUCUUUAUACAUUUCCAGUUGAAACCAGGAAGUGAAGAAAGUCAUGGCGUUGGAGAAUUAAAAAGCAAUUUCCCUGGUGAAGGGAAAUUUGAACUGUCAGCAAAGCAAGGCGAUACUUUGGUUGUUGUUUGUGAAAAAGGAUGUCCUUCGGGAAAAUGGCUGGUCAAGAACACAGAAGGACAUCGUAUGUAUUAUACUUUUGUUUGAUUGCACACUUGUUUCUUGUUACUGUUUAGUACCUAUAGAUAACCAUAUACAUGUAUAUUUUUUUCAUUUUCCCUGCCCCGUUCUUUAAACCUCAAAACAGUAUAUUCUUUCUUCAUGUUCAGUUGGUGUUCAUUACACAAAGGCAUCAUUCCUUAAUCAUCAGUUAAACCUAAAACUUAUCAUCAUCAUAAUCAUCAUCAUCAUUGUUUUUCCUUUCGAAGAGAGAUUACUGAGAGGAAACUUUUUUCUUAUAAUUAAUUUAACUUCUCAUAAGAAUUAACUUUUGUUUGUUUGCCUUUGUAGUGGGAUACGUACCAAUGGAGCUUAUUCAACUCAAAGUAAGUUUUAGAUUGUUACUGCAUACUUUAAUAGCUACAUUUUAAAUGAUAACAAGUGAUGAAAAAAUCUAAAGACAUCUUAAUCAAUUUUGUCUUUUUCCUCCUUUGAACAAAAGACAACGAAAAUGCUGAAUGCGACAACUCCUUGCAUCAGAAAUCAGCAAUUUUUGAGCAAAAUGAAACAAGUCACUUAAGUUCUCAUAAUGUAAGGGCCUGUUUACAAGUAGAGAGGGUUACCCUUGUGCUAGGGUUACCCUAGCAAGCGGGUUAAAGUUAGCUCUGGUUUACAAGCAAACGUCACAGUUAGGGCUACCCUAUCACCUGGGUCAACUUUACCAGCUUUUCUGACGUGUUUCAUCAUGCGAGGCAUUCUUUGUAAUGGUCCAAGAUUUGAAAUAAUCUGGAAGUUCUCUAUGAAAAACACGUUAAAUUCACGAAUAAAAGAGAAAGUAUUAUCAUCCUAGACAGAAAAUAACAUCUUAUUUUUCAGAUGUUUAUAAUUAUUAAGCUCGUUUGUUUUGUUCGUUUGUUAAUUCCGUUCAAAGUGGCAGGAUUACUGGUCAUGCAUGACGGCAGAAAGUUGACCAGGGGGGGCAAGUUAUCCCUAGCAGAGCCUUGACAAGGCAGGUAGGGUAACCCCCUUGCUAGGUUAACCCUAGCACCAAGGUAGGGUUACCCUAAUGCACGCUAGGGUAACCCUACCUGCCUUGUAAACACGUCGAGUGAAAAAAAAAAAAGAAAUAUGCGAGGGCUAGAGUAACCCCCUUGCUAGGGUAACCCUAGCACCAGGGUUACCCCCCUUGGGAAUUGGGCCUAACAUGCCCAACUUUGUUGCAAAGUAGUUUAUAUUGAGAUUAUAUGAUUUUGAUUAAAUUUCAGAUUGACAGUGAAGGGAACAGGCUCAGGUAAAGUAGCUUUUUAAUUAUCAUUACUCUAUAGCAAAGGUCAGUUUCCACAUUGUUGUGAAACAAGUCUACAACUGGUACACUUAAAUAAUCUAGAUUCCUUUUCCUGCCAGAAACAAAAAUGAUCACCAGCUGAUCAACCAUUUCAUUUGCUUUACAUACAUAAUAUUGAAAGAACAAUUUGAACAAUAUUAUUUUAUUGUUUUAAAUUAGAUGAUAAAAAUUCUGUAACAACUAACAUUUUAAUAGUAUGAUGUCUCAUAACACGAAUGUCGAUUCUCACCAUAGUACCCACAGUAUUUGAAAAUGAUGAUGCAAGGGAAGGGGCCUCCCUGCAAGUGUAUUGAAAUGUAAGGUAAACACAUUACUAAUUUUUCUAUUUAAAUUUCAGUGCCAUCAUAACUGAAGACUUUUAUGAAGAUGUGGACAAAUAUCAGAGUAAAGAUCAAAUUGAAGAAGGUAUACAAGUUUGCCGUUAAGUUUAACAGACUUUUUGCUCUUGUUCACUUUGGGGAGGGGAACACUCCUGAGUAUUUCUCUGACGAGGGAAGAAGAAUCUGCAAUGAAGAACCUUUGCGUCUUGCUAUGGUGACAAAAAAAAUCCAAGUUUCAGUGUUUGUACAAAUUUAAGACUUUCCUUCCCAUGCAGUGCACUCUUAGCCUGCAAACACAGUCAUAUUUUCGGUCACCGCCUCGCUUGGCCCAUUAUUUUUCAGGUGGAGAGAAGCGACGACCUGAAAUAUGUCUGUGUUCACAGGCUACUGCACUCUAAGUUUCUUUAGCAAGUAACACCCCUCACUUGUACAUGUAGCUACAAAUUCUGGAUAAAUUUAGAUUUCAGGGAAACUGCCCACCUGCCCCUCCCCUAAGUCAACGUCAACAGUUACUUCUCACUUAGGGCAAAAUGUUGGGUUAGGGGAGGGGUACGUGGGCAGUUUCCUUGAAACCUAAAUUGAUCCAGAAUUCCCGCAUUCCCUUGCAGUUGUCUUUGCUUUCUGUUAAUCCAUGAGAGCCAUUCCCUCUUGCUCUGAAGGGCCCAAACGGAGGUCAUGCUUGAAUCAAGUUAUUGUCAAUUGACUAGGAGUUUUUUUGUUCCUUUAAUUUCAGAGGGUUAUGAACAAGAAGUAUAUGAUGAUAUUGGUGGACAAGGUAAUAAAAAUUACUCGUUAGAGUGUCGUAGUUAACUUCAUGAUUUUCUUUUCACGAUACAUGACAUUAUCACAUUAAUUUUCCAAGGGCAGGGAGUGAGAGGUCACAAGUUCUUCAAUUUUUAGAUAUAGCUUUUCCACAGCUGGUUAACACCACUUUUUGUGUAAAAGUAGCUCAUCUUUAACUUAAAAUAAGAUUAUAAGUCAUAGUGUGAAAGAUAGUGAUCAAUGAAAGUGAGCUGUAUUGAUAUGUAAAUUAUCCCUAUUUGCAGUAUAUGCAUGGGAAAUGUCUGAAAACGAACUGGUAAUGAGUUGUUAGUUCAUAGUAAAAGACUUUGGAGAAGGAUGCCAUACAUAGGUUGGUGAUUUCUGAUUGCAGGUGUUGAUUUGCAGUUUAAUUUUUAUUUCAGAGCCUAUUGAUGAGGAUUUUUAUGAAGAACUACCAAAUAACUAGUGGAAACGUUAGUACUCUAUAUACCCUCCCCUCCCUACUGUAUAUUUUUCCAUAAGGGUACUCUAGAGAGAAUUCCUUACAUCCGUGAGUAAUACUCGCUUGUGACGUUUUACAGAUUGUAAGGCGAAUGAUAAUAGAUGGUUUGCCCUGCAAUUAAAAGACAUUUUUUCAAGUAUCAUAUACAUUAUAUACUGGAAUCUCCAUAAAGAAGCAAUAACUAUAGCACACCUGCAUUGCAAGAGGCAGAGGGUAGCCGUACCUUUCGCAACUUGCUCAAGCAUGACUUAUGACGAUUUCAUUAUUACCAGAAAGCUUGCUGGCAGGUUACAUAUGUACCACUCAAGGCUUUCUUAUUUAAAAGGAGUAAAAGAGGCCCACACAAAACAGUAGCGACUGUACUUCGUCUGUCGGAGAUAAUGUAAUUGCGAUCUAUCACUGAGUCUAAAAGCUCUCUUUCAUCGUAGUAAAUGCAUCAGAGAAUGUGCAGUCAAACUUUAUUAAUGUGGACAUCAAAGGGUCCAGAGCCACUACUGGUUUGACUAUAUAGUACCAUUCGAAGUACGUAUAGUGUGUUUUUUAAUGUUUUAAAUUUUACUUUUUACUUUUUACUACUGAACAAUGCCUAAUGCUUGUGUGUAACAAGGAAGUAAUCAGCAGUAACUGCCAAGUAAUAUCGUCAAACGUUUGUGACAUGCCUUGUUUUUAUUCCUUUUUGGGUGGGUGGUGAUGUAGGAAGCAAUUCAUUAAGGGGUUGUUCCUAGGUAUAUCAAAUAUAAAAUAUAUAUUUUUUAACCAACAUUAUUAUAUUCUCUUUAUUAUCUUAUGGUUGAAGAAAUUAUGUUGGGACCAGGUUGGUCUAUAAUUUGAUAUUAGGUAGAGGCAUACUGCCAACAUUAGACUGUUCACAGCCCAAUAUUUUGCUAGUGACAGUGUUUCUACUCGAUAAACUGGACUCUUGUAUCAAUGGGGAGACCGAGGAAGGGGGGCUUGUCCACUCUCUAACCCUUCACCUUGAGCUCGCUAAUUGGUGCAUUCCUUUCUUUGUGCGUUGAAAAAACAGAGGCUGUAAACAAUCUAAGCUAGUGUAAGAUUAGCGAAUUUAUCUGCUCUCAAUAUAAUAAUAUAGUACAUGUAUUAAGUGACGGACCACAAGAAGAGUUAUGGUUCGCAGACUAUUUUCUUUUGGAGAUCCAAUUUGUGACUGUUGUUCUUCUUUGUCAGUUUUGUGGAUAUGUUUAACAAAUGGCCCUUUUCUUUUUCUUUCUGACUUUCUCAUCCACCUCCCUCCUGAACAUUUCUAAUGGUUCGUACAAUUUGUCAUAUAUGAUCCACAUGGUCGUGAUCUGAUAUUUGUUACAUAUAUGUAUUUCUAUAUUGACAAAAGGGGAAACACGCGUUGGCGCGAAAGAUUUUCUCACGCGCGUUUUCUCGCGAGAGAGGCGGGCAACCUCGUCUCGCGUGUUUCGCGACCAAAAUUUUAAAAAUCCCUAAGGGUUGCUUAGCGAUAAUAUAUAUAUUUUUUGAGAAAUUGAAAGAGUUGGACGUUUAGAGCCUUUACCAAAGUUGUGUAGAAUAUAUUGAAAUAAACUUAAAUAUCGUAACGCUAUAGAUGCUUGCAGAAGUAGUGUAUUUUUGUAUAGUAUUCAAAAUUAUAUAUUUUUGUAUUACCUUUUUGGAGUAUUUUUUAAUUAUCUAACAAAUCGUAGUUUCAUAAUAAAAUGUAAAAGCGGGAAGAUAUCUGAAUGACGAAAUAAAUUCAGUUGCCCAACAUUGAAC